AUGGGCGAAAAGGAAUCGCAGAGGAAGCGGUACGCACUUGUCGGCACCGGUGGGCGGUCUAGCUUCUACUAUACCGCCAUCGCAACAGACUACAGGGCGACCUCUGAGAUUGUGGGGCUCUGCGAUACCAACCAAACUCGCAUGAAUGUCGCGAACCACAAGCUCGAGUCUUUGGGCCAUGGGAAAGUUCCUACGUUUCUGGCGGUCGAUUUCGACAAGAUGAUCACGACACUGAAGCCGGAUGAAGUAAUCGUGACUGCGGGGCCGGACAGGCUGCACAACAUCUACAUCGUCCGAGCGAUGGAGCUAGGAUGCAAUGUAGUUACAGAGAAGCCCAAGAUCCUGCGCGCCGUCGACCGGACGGGCCAAAAGGUGCGCGUGACCUUCAACUACCGGUACGCGCCGCACAACACGCGCGUCUUCGAGGUCCUUCGCAGCGGCGCCAUCGGCAGGGUGACGAGCGUGCACUUCGAGUGGAUGCUCAACACGUCGCACGGGGCCGACUACUUCCGGCGGUGGCACCGCGACAAGCGCAACAGCGGGGGCCUGCUGGUGCACAAGAGCACGCACCACUUCGACCUCGUCAACUUCUGGCUGCAGACGCGGCCCGAGACGGUGUACGCGCAGGGGGACCUGAGGUUCUACGGGCGCGAGAACGCCGAGGGGAGGGGCGUGUCGAGGUUUUAUACGCGCAGCCAUGGCAGCGAGGUCGCGAGGGGGGACCCCUUUGCGCUGCACAUGGAGGAGAACGAUGGGCUCAAGGCGCUUUACCUUGAUGCUGAGCACGAGGAUGACUACCACCGUGACCAGAGCGUGUUCAGCGAUGGUAUUUCCAUCGAGGACACCAUGAACGUGCUGGUGAGGUACAAGAACGGCGCGGUCAUGACGUACUCGCUCACGGCGUACGCGCCCUGGGAAGGGUUCCGGGUGAGCUUCAUCGGGACAGGAGGGCGGCUCGAGGUCGAGGUCGUCGAGAACAGUUAUGUGAACUCGGGCGGCGACCAGUCGCUCGAAGGGUCGCUGGAGAGGCGCACGAUCCUGCUCCGGCCACUGUUCGAGAAGCCUCAGGAGAUCGAAAUUGGCGAGAGUAAGGGAGCCCACGGUGGAGGCGACUCGGUCCUCCUCCAAGAUUUGUUUGGCGAGCCCGUUUCAGACGAGUACAGACGGGCCGCCAGUCACAUCGACGGAGCGGCCUCGAUCCUUACCGGCAUCGCCGCCAACAUAUCGAUUGCGACGGGGCAGGUGGUGAAGUGUGAUGACAUCUUGGCUUUGCCAGGGUGA